ACCAAAAAUAAAGUAUGAAAGUGUUGGGGAAGAAAAAGAGAGAGAGUGAUGGAUUACAGUUUGGCUGCGUUGAAGCUUUUAUGUUCACAGCUUAAACACGCUCGAGAAGUUCCUUCUCAAAAGAGCUUCACUCUCGGUGGCAUUCUCUUCCAACGCGCUUGGUUGCAGGGCGUUCUCUUGUCCUCCUCCGAUUCCGGCGACGGAUCUCUUCUUCUCGAUGAUGGAACAGGCCUCAUCCAACUCUCUCUCUCCGGCGAGUUUCGUCACCGUCAAUUCAAACCUGGGAUGUAUGUGAUGGUUGUUGGUGGUUACUUUGCACGUGCAGGGGAGCCUCCCAUCAUCAAGGUUCACAAGAUUGUUGAUCUUUCAUUAUCACCUGACAGAGAAGCAAUGUGGUAUCUUGAAGUUAUAGAGGCAUAUAAACUCUUCUAUCAACCUCUUGUGGAAGAAUUUAUGUAAUAAUUGGGUACAUGAUUAUAUUGAGAAAGUGUGUAUAUGAGAUAGACACCCCCUUCUUUUGUCCACAAACACAGAAUUGUUUGAAGACUGAGUUGGUAUUAACAUAUCUAUUGCUUUAUUCUGUGAGAAAUUUUUACACAAAGUGCAUUGUAAAGUCAUCACUAUAUAGUUUCUGAAAUAUACAGUCCUGCGAAAACAAUAUUUGUUUCACAGUUCUUCUAAACGAUCACUUUCAUCUAUUAA